CUUUGGCACUUGCGGAGUUACCUUGGGGACCGGACUAAAGUUUUAUUUCUUUAGAAAAUACCUCAGAGCGGAUCUUACGGGAAGGGAAUGUCUCCAAUCCUAGCAGAUAGCAGCAGUGCCAGCCUGCCUGAGAGGGACAGCUAUGGCAAGAAUGGAUUUGUACAUAUCAAAAACCCUCACCUGGACUCGCUGCCCGAGGAUAUCCUCUACCAUUUCGACCUGGGAACUAAAACCCAUGAUCUGCCCUCAAUGUUUGGGGACGUGAAGUUUGUAUGUGUUGGUGGAAGCGCAAACAGGAUGAGGGCCUUUGCUUUAUUCAUCCAUCAGGAACUGGGCCUGGAAGGAGAAGGCACAGAAGUAGCGGAUAUCUGUGCUGGUACUGACCGAUACAGCAUGUACAAAGUCGGACCUGUGCUCUCCAUAAGCCAUGGCAUGGGCAUUCCCUCCAUCUCCAUAAUGCUUCAUGAGCUCAUCAAGCUUCUCCACCACGCCAAGUGCAGAGACGUCACCAUCAUUCGCAUUGGCACCUCAGGAGGAAUCGGCAUUGAACCCGGGACAGUGGUGAUCACAGACGUAGCAGUGGAUUCAUUUUUCCGGCCUCAGUUUGAGCAGGUUGUUCUGGACAAAGUGGUUGUUAGAAACACUGACCUUCACAGAGAGCUCGCUGAAGAUCUGCUGCAGUGCAGUAAGGAGAUUGCAAGUUUCCCCACGAUUAUCGGCCACACGAUGUGCACCUACGACUUUUAUGAAGGUCAGGGGCGACUGGACGGGGCACUCUGCUCAUUCUCUAAAGAGGAAAAGUUUGAGUAUCUUCAGAGAGCUUUCACUGCAGGAGUCCGCAACAUAGAGAUGGAGUCGACUGUGUUUGCUGCAAUGUGCCAACUCUGUGGGCUUAAAGCUGCAGUUGUCUGCGUGACGCUCCUCAACAGACUAGAAGGAGACCAGAUCGCAGAAAGCCACGACACGCUGAUAGAAUACCAGAAGCGCCCCCAGCAGCUGAUCGCAGAGUACAUCAAGAAACAACUGAACUUAAGUUAAAAGUCACUCCCACCAAUGAUUACGACUCCUUAUGGACUUGAAUUGGUGCAAGAAAAAAAAAUAAUUCUACGCAAAAAUACAUAAAGGUCUAACGCUAUUGGGCUGUUUAUGAUGCCAUAGGCCUGCUCUAAUUAACCCUUUAUUGAAGCCAUUUCACAAUGCAGGUAAAUAUUUGCAGAUCCCUGUGCCAUUAGGAACUUUUCAAACAGCUUUUUUUUUUUCAAUUGGCUUGAUAAUUAAAGGGGUGGGAGUAAUCCAGGAGGAAGAAUUAAAGAAGCAAGCUGCCAGCAAGAUGCAUUGAAUAAGAAUAUCUAAAAAGGCUAAUGCAAGCAUUGGGCUAACAUGGCAAUCUUUGCUUGCUUUGAGGUGACCAGAGCACUUGAAGGGACAUGUCUAAAAAAUACAUGUUGCUGGGUAGCAUUGAUUGCCUUUAAAUUAAACAGCAAUGAGUUCAGCCCUGCUGAUUGGAUUUUCUAGACUUGUUCCUAAAUUUUUAUGUGAUCUGGUCACCCUAUGCUUGACUGCUCUAAGCAAGGGACUGGUCUUGCAUGCCACGUUGCCUAAGGAUCAGUUGCCUGCCUUCCAUGCUGAGUAAUCAAAAAGACAAGACUAACAUUAACCCUCGUUAGUAAGCUUAAACGUUGCAGUAUUGGGGUUUUGAUGCAGUAAAUGACACUCCCCCCUUUCCCCUGUGACAUGACCUUAUUGGAAGUGCAAUCAUUAUAACUGGCUAGAUGUUUGAUCAUCGACGGCUCCUACAAUAAGGUGACCAGAGCACUUGAAAAUUCAGGGACAUUUCUAAAAAAAAAUGUUUCAGGACAGCACUGAUCACCUGUAAAUUAAACUGCAAUCAGUUCAGCCCUGCUGACUGGAUUUUCUAGACAUGUCCCUAAAUUUUCAAGUGAUCUGAUCUUCCUGUGCUACAGCUUCACUAAAAUCACAAGUCCUCUCAGCAAAGACAAGCUUAAGAUCUGCGACACAGACCCAUUCAUAAAAAUCUGCAUCUUGGGGCCCAGCCAGGCUUCAUGCUGAAAAAAAGUAAUUCCAGAAUGGGUUCUGCCAGGGCUGUCAUCCACACUUUGGCUCCUGUAGAGAGGGGUAUAAGGGGUCUCACUGUGACAUACUGACUGGUACUAAAUGGUGCAUAUCAGGCCUUGGGGGUCAGACCCCUUGGUGACUGCCUUGGGUUCCACAGCAGCUGCAGGAUCCAUUUAACUGUCCUCUGUGAUGGACACUAUAAGCUCUAUAGCUUAACAACAGCUCAACUGAGCGCCAGGCCAGCUUGUGCCUAAAGAGGAGUCUUUCUCUCAACUGUUCAAUUGCUCUCUAAGGUUACUGAGAUGUUAAUGUUUCCCACAUUAAUUUGUAUUUAUUCUAUUACAUUUCCAAUUGUAA